GCAUCUUGGCUUGAAUUUGAGAUCUCAAGCUUGAAUUCAACAAAUCACAUGGGGAGGGCACCACAAUGGAUUCUCUGCUUCAUCUUGAUCGAACUUUUACUUAAUCUUGGCGACGCAAUACUAGAUGGAAGGAAAUUACUCACCACCAACGACGUCACUCACCCUGAUUUCAUAAGCAUUGACUGUGGGGAAAGCUAUGAAUACACUGACCCACAAACUGGAAUCUCGUAUCACACAGACACAGGUUUUGUAGAAACAGGAAAAAAUUUUAUGGUGGCACCUGAAUGGAGAUACGUCCUAGAUUUUCGUUAUUUUGGGAGACAAUUGCAGACACUGAGAAGUUUCCCAGAAGGCAAAAGGAACUGUUACACUUUGAAACCAAAACAGGGCAAAAACAACAAUUAUCUCAUCAGAGCUUUUUUCUCAUAUGGAAAUUAUGAUGGAAAAAAUGAAACUCGAGCUUUCGACUUGUACCUCGGCGUCAAUCAUUGGACAAAUGUUAUUCCAGGUGCUGGUUAUGUGUAUCGAGAGAUUAUCCAUACUCCCACAACCGACACCAUACAGGUUUGCCUUGUCAAGACUGGCAAAGGAAUACCCUUCAUUUCUACGUUGGAACUUCGACCUCUCGGCAAUUCUAUUUAUCAAACUCCGUCCCCUUCACUAUUAGUCCUUGAUACAAGAACCGAUGUUGGCUCCAUUCAGUUGACUCGUGAAGUGUUCAGCAGGUUCAAGGAUGAUGUCUAUGAUCGUGUGUGGCGUGUGGACGAUGCUGUUAAACUGGAACAUUGGCAGCCGUUGACUAGACCUGUAGAUAUUGACCCUGGAAGCAGAAAUGAUUCUUAUAGGUUACCAACUGAAGUGUUGAUGUCUGCAGUCCAAUCUUUGAAUCGCUCCUCCGCUUUAUACUUUGACUCUGAUUCUGCUUGGAAUUAUUCACUUGAAAAGUCUUUCAAAUAUUAUGUAUACUUUCACUUUGUUGAAAUUGAGCAGCUUCCCCCUGGACAGAAAAGGCAUAAGUGCAACAUCAGAAUCUGA